GUGAGCCCCUUUAACCUCGCCCUGACCGCGUGCGCAAGAGCUCACCCACCACUCACCCAGCACUCACUACUCACUCACUACUCACCAUUCACCCACCCACUACUCACUACUCACUCACCCAGCACUCACUACUCACUCACCCACCACUCACUACUCACCACUCACCCACCCACUACUCACUCACCCACCACUCACUCAUCCACUACUCACUCACUCACCCACCACUCACUACUCACUCACCCAGCACUCACUACUCACCACUCACCCACCCACUACUCACUAACCCACCACUCACCCACUACUCACUCACCCACCACUCACUCAUCCACUACUCACUCACUCACUACUCACUCACCCACCACUCACCCACUACUCACUCACCCACCACUCACCCACUACUCACCCACUCACUCACCCACUCACUACCCAUCACUCACACUCACUACCCACUCACUGCUCACUCGCCCUGCUCUCUGCCCACCCGCCAACGAGCUCGCCGACUUGUGAACUCGCUCAUCAACUCGCUCACCAAGUCGCCCAUCAACUCGCUCACCAAGUCGCCCACCAAGUGGCACACUGCGUGACGACGGCGGCAGCAGCUGCUGCUCUGCCGUGAGGAGGCAGGAGGUCUUGGGGCCAAGUCGAGAGGUUCGCCGCCGCCGCUGCUGCUGCUGCUGCCACGACGAGCGCCGUCAUGCCCCGUCCCCUGCGUCUCGCCGCUUCUCUGCUGAACGUGUCGGGGGCGCGGGACCCCAAAGUCGUGGAGGCCGUGGCCUGGGCCGCUCUGCGGACUCCUCACGGACGCCUCUUCCCCAAUGCCACCGUGCUGAACGUGUUCGCUGACCUGGAGUACAACCGUUCCGUCAUCACGAUCGUAGCUCCGGUGGAGACGCUGGGUGAAUCCCUGGUGAGUGCGUGCGUGCGCGCGUGCGCCCUCAUCGACGUGUCGGCGCACAGCGGCGGGCACCCGUGCCUCGGCUCUGUGGACCUGGUCCCCGUGCACCCGCUCAGCGACUCCGUCGGGCUGCGCGAGUGCGGACGUGUCGCCCAGGCCGUGGCGCGGGAGUUGACGCUGCAGGUGCCGGGCGCGUCCGCGUUCCUCUUCGGCUGGGCCGACGAGCCCGGCCGCCGGAGUCUGGUGUCGCGCCGGCGCGAGUGGGCCUGGUACGGGGGCCCCGGCCAAACCGCCGGCGAGGUCACCCCGCCCAUCCCGGACGUGGGGCCCAUGCCGGGCCCUCGCUACGGCAUCGCCGGUGUGGGCGCGACGCCGUACGUGAUGAACUGCAACGUGACAAUCGACUCGACCGACCUGAGGCUGGGCCGCCGCAUCGCACACGUCCUGCGGGCCUCCAGCCCGGCGUGGAAGCCAUGGCCUUCCCUCACGAGGGCCGCGUCGAGGUGGCCUGCAACGUGCGCCGCUUCGACCCGCUCCAGGAGGAAGAGGACGACGCACGUGGAGCCACGGGCGGCGCCGACGGCGGCGCCAGCGAUCACGUGCCGGCCUCGCGCUUCGAGUACACGGAGCCGGCGCGGGUGGAGGCACGCGUGCGGGAGCUGGCGGCGGGCGCCGGCGUGGGGCUGGUGGGCACGGCACUCGUGGGCUUCAUGCCGGGCCGCUGCCUCCGCCUGGCCGAGGAGGCCAUCGCCGCUGGCGUGCCCGACUUCUGGCGGCGGCGCGAGGGGCGCCGCAUGUGAAGCCGCCGCGGCGCCGCCGCUCGCGAGGAAAGGCCGGCCAGCGUGUUUACCAGCGGCACCCAAGGUGUACUCGGACUGCCGUGGUCGGAGGACACUUUUACAAUCCGCAACGGUGCUGAAGGCGCAGCCCCGCAAUUGCUCGCUCAAGCGCCGGCGGAAGGGCCUUCACGAGGGGGAUCUCUUGAGUGUAUUUGGCCUACUCUUCCACGCUGGAGGAAGUGGGUCAACUCGGUCACCACGCGUGACCUGCCGAUCAACUGUCUACAAGCUGUACCCAGAAACUAAAUCCACGUGCACAUUAACACAGCGCACAUUAACAUAGUGCACCCAGAAACAAUGGCAUGGACCCUGGUGCAAGGCUCCCAGUCCAAUUCCCUUUCUCCUUGUUCCAGUGCAUUUGGACCAACUUGGCCGCAUUCCCUCCUUGGGCCGCCACGCCAUUGUUGGUCUCGGCCACCGUCCACUUCACGUUCUAAACAGUCCAUACGUCGCCUCUGAACUUGUGUGUCAUCCCGAACUCACUGUGUGUUCCUCUUCUGGUCUCUCCGUGUAAUUCCAACCUUGCCACCUCUCAAUGAACUCGACCACAUUUUCAGGCGGCUCAAACGAGACACGUGGUGACCUCUCACGAGUCCGGCACGACGCCGAAGUACUUUAAGGCGGAGACGAAAUCUUCAAUUCACACAAAUGAUUCGUUGGGGACUUGAGACAGACUUUCUGAAACCACUGGGACCCCCUUUGGAUCUGUACCGGCCACGCGGGGGGCGGCAGCAGCAGUUUGUGGUGGCUGCAGUCGCCGCGCUUGGCCCCGCACGGUUCACACGGAGGAGCAGCUCCCUGGCACGGUGGCGAGCGCCAUGGUGAUCGGCAAUAAAUAAAUAACUACCAGCCACGGCUCGCUCGCUUGAGCGGCCGUAUUCAUAUUCAGCGCAGCUGCUGAAAUAUUUAAGAAACCGGCUGGGUACGACGAGGCGGGGGGGGGGGGGCGCCGUGGGGGGCGCGCGAUCAAUAAUUUAGACGGCGCUCACGUGACGAGGGCACGGCCACGACUCGUCGUGAGCCACGCGGCGCGUCACUCACGCCGCCUCUCAUCCCUCCCCCCGCCUCUUCGCCGCACCGAUCUCAAUCCCCCCCCCCCCCCCCCACCAUGCCCGGUGAUUUCGCACCGUGGGGGGUCUCGUCCUGGCCUGUGGGGGGCGGGGGGGCCCCUGAGAUGAGAGUUCUACCUCGUGCUCCGAGCGGGGCCCCCACCACCGGAUGGAGAGAUUUCUUGCGGUGCUCGUCUGGUCGGAGGUUGUGAGCGGGUUGUGGAAAUUCCACGUUCCCAUGGUGGGAAUCCAGAAGUGUCGAUGAUGAAUAUCGUCGGCGACGCUGUUGGCGGAGGGCGGGGAAUGAAUGGGCUUCGGCUCCCUCUGCACACCGUGCUGUUUAUCGACCGCCGCCCGUGUCGAGGAUGCGCUGUUGCCAGCAGCUUGUUUCAGAGAUUCUGGCCCAGGCCGUGUGUCCUCGGCUGCCCGACGCGACUUCCACCUCCGUUGAUCAAAUAAAUAAAUGAAUCAUU